AUGAGCGCAGAGGACCGGGCGUAUCAUGAGCGAUUCAUGCGGGAAGCCAUUGGCAUGGCCGAGCUUGCACUGACCAGUGAUGAGACGCCUGUGGGCUGUGUGUUCGUGAAGGAUGGCGAGAUCAUCGGUCGCGGAAUGAACGAGACCAACCGCACCCUCAAUGGCACCAGACACGCCGAGUUCGUCGCCAUUGCUGGCAUCUUGUCCAAGAACCCUAUCAGCAUCCUCCACGAGACUGAUCUCUAUGUCACCGUCGAGCCAUGCGUCAUGUGCGCGUCCAUGCUCCGCCAGUACGGCAUUCGAGCAGUCUAUUUUGGCUGCUGGAACGAGCGAUUCGGUGGCACUGGCGGUGUGCUGAACAUGCACUCAGACGUCGACAAGCCCUACCCAGUGACCGGAGGCAUCUUCCGCGAGGAAGCCAUUAUGCUGCUCAGAAAGUUUUACGUCCAGGAGAACGAGAAAGCGCCAGAGCCAAAGCAGAAGAAGACUAGGGAGCUCAAGACCGAGAUUCUCCCCAUGGACAUCCACGCCCCUAAGUCGACACCAUCGCCUGCCCUCGCGACGCCGGUGCUGUCGUCAAAGCCAGCAAACCCUCCCCCGCGUGUGGCUGUCCCUCACAUCCCGGGACUCACGGCUGCUGUACCCACAGCGGGACUCACGGCUGCCGCUGCCGCUGCACCUUGA